CCCCCCCCCCCCCCCCUGGCCGGACUCUGGAACCCGCUGAGCCGAACCCCAGACCCCCCCAGAGCUGGAUCCCAAAACUAAACUCCGCACCCCGAGGCCCCAGACCUUGGAACGGGGACCCCCUCGAGACGGCGGAACGCUGAGCCAGAGGAAGACGACGCAGCGCUACAGCCUGGACCCCCAGGAGCGGGGUCCUAGGAGCGGGGUCCCAGGAGACCCCUCGGGUCACCCCGGGCGGUGCAAUGCUGCGCGCGGCGCUGUGGUGGGCGGCGCUGCUGGGACGAGUGGGGAUGGUGGGUGGUGGGCUGAGUUCGCCACCGGACUGGGGUUACGUCACCUCGCGGGCCGAGUCCGCUCCGAGUGCCGAACCGGAGGAUGAAGGAGCCCGCGCCGGUCCCUCCGAUCCUCUCCUCCUCGAUACAAAGCAGCAGAAUCGGCAUCAUCAUCAUCAUCAGCAGCAGCAGCAACAGCAUGAUGACGAUGUUGAUGGUCACGAUCAACGUUUACAGCAGCAGCAGCAGCUCAAUCAGAAUGAGCGGGGAGAGCAACAGGAACAUGAACAGCCUGAACUUGAUCUUCAACAUCAACAGCACUAUCAUCCGCAGCAGGGAUAUCUUCUCCAGCAAGAUCAAGAUGAUUAUGAUGAUUAUGAUGGUGGUGGUGGUCAGCAUCAUCAUCAUCAUCCCCUUCAUCAUCAUCCCCUUCUCCGCCGUCCGCAGGGCCCUGAGCUGACGAACCUUCUGUCUGGGGCGCGGCGUCUCGCCUUGGAGGUCCCCCCACGCACCACAGGGCCGCUCUGGCGGUGGCUCUCCUCCUCCUCCUCCUCCACUCAUCAUCAGCAGCAGCAGCAGCGGCAGCAGUUGACUCAGUAUGGUCAUCAGCAGCAGCAUCGACUGCUUCAAGAACACUUCCAACAGCAGCAGCUACAUCACUACACUACACAUCAGCUACAGCUGCAGCUACAGCAUCAGCAGCAGCCACAGCUACAACAGCUACAGCAGCUACAGCAUCGCCUUCAUCAUCAUGAGCAGCCCGGGCCGGCGCGUUCGCGUCCGCGGCGGCGUCCCAUGGUAAAGACGGGCCGCUUCAAGAAGAUGUUCGGCUGGGGCGACUUCAACUCGAACAUCAAGACGCUCAAGCUGAACCUGCUCAUCACGGGCAAGAUCGUCGACCACGGCAACGGCACGUUCAGCGUCUACUUUCGCCACAACUCCACAGGCCACGGCAACGUGUCGGUCAGCCUGGUGCCCCCUGCCAAGGCGCUGGGCUUCGACCUCGCGACGCAGCAGGCGACCCUCGUCGACCCGAAGGCUUCGAAGACGUUCAACUGCCGCGUGGAGUACGAGAAGGUGGACCGGGCCAAGAGGACGUCGCUCUGCAACUACGACCCGACGAGGAACUGCUACCAGGAGCAGACGCAGACCCACGUCUCGUGGCUCUGCUCGAAGCCGUUCAGCGUCAUCUGCAUCUACGUCGCCUUCUUCAGCACGGACUACAGGCUCGUGCAGAAGGUGUGCCCCGACUACAACUACCACAGCGACUCGCCCUACUACCCCACCGGCUAACGCCUGCGAGUGGCUCUCUCGCUGAUUAGAGAGAGAGAGGGAGAAGGGAACGGGUGGGUAGGUCGCUGGGUAGGUCAGGCACGCGGUUCUGUUCCAGAGCAAGGCGAGAGAACGCGCGCUGCUGGGUCGUGGCGGUGGGCGGUGGCUCCUCAAGCUCCCGCCGUGACCGUCAUUCAUUCACUGAUGAAGGAAGCACCACAGCCAGCCGGCGUCUCGUAUACAACACCACCACCAUCAUCAUCAUCACGUGCAGCAGUGCAUUGCGCGGCCUCUUGGAACAUUGCCGCGGGUGGGGUGGUGUUUCACUUGGAGCCAAUUCGAACAACAACAACAAAUGUCUCUGCUUGUUGUCAUUUUAGUAGCCGUCCUUUCCCCCGCCCCCGGUCUCUACGGCAGGGGGCAUUCUAUCCGCACACACACACACCGCACACACACACACACCACACACACAGACACACACCGCACACACAGACACACACACAGACACACACACACACCGCACAC